AUGACCGACAUCGUGGUAGCGCAGAUGAUCGGAACACUCGGCUGCGGCUACGCAGCUGGAGGCAUGAUGGGUCUCUCCUUAGUAACGAUGCCAACCCUCGGAAUGGCAGCACGGCAUCCAUCGGCAACAGGCACGCGCCAGACCCCAGGGACCCCGAUCGCACACCUCUCUCACCAAUGGAACAAUGCCUACGAUCGCGGAAUACGCCUUUACCCCACGACCGCAGUCAUUUCUUCGUUGGCGAAUUGCUACUUGGCAUGGGCUCUGCGGAAUGCUCCUGGCCCAACUGCCGUCAACUGUAGUUGGAGCAGUCUCUAUAUCACAGCUGCGGUUACUACGAUGGGAAUCGUUCCUUGGACUUUCAUUGUGAUGUGGCCCAUCAACAUGAAGCUGAAAGCGCAUGCUGCGCGGGAUGAUGCAGCGGUGGCGGAUGGGAUGGAGGAGAUGGUGGUUAGUGAUCAGGAGAAGGCAAAAAGGGCGAGGGACGAUGAAGAUGUUCCUGCUUUGCUGAAGAAAUGGGGGGAGUUGAACUUUUAUCGGUCUCUGUUUACUGUGGCUGGGGCGCUGAUUGGGUUUUGUGGGGUUGUUUGGAUGAAAUAA